UGUACCGGAAGUUAUCAGUUGACGGAAGGCGGAACUUGAUGAAAGCUGCAUGUAAAAUGAAAGUAGAAAAAAUGUGAAAACGUGUUUCGCGAAAUCUGAAGAUGUUCAAGAAGGCAGGAUCGGCGGAGAUAAUUCGUUCUCAUCAAAAGGACGACCUUUAUCUUUCCUAUCUUCGGAGUUCUAUUUCGGAUAUUUCGCAAUCAAUUUUAGGACCCCGACGAUGGCUCACCUGGAAGAAGGAGCUUGAUGUUGGUGCUGACCUCGGCUACUUUUUACUGACCACGUUUGCAGGCUUUCAAACGAUUGGAGAGGAAUACGUCAACAUAGUACAGGUGGAUCCUACGAGGAAAUCUGUACCAUCAACAUGGAGGCGGAGCUUGAUGAUACUUCUCCAUGCUGGAACACCCUACUUACUUCAGCGCCUCUUGGACUGGACAGAGCGACGACUCCGAUCUCCCAGGUCAUUCGAAAUACCGGAGGAGACUCGUAUAUUUCUGCUGAAAUGUAUUCCUGUCGUACGUCAGAGUGUGACGUUUCUGCACCGACUACACCUGGCUUGUUUUUACCUACGUGGCCUGUUUUACCACAUAGCUAAACGAACAGCAGGUGUACAGUAUUUGAAGUACAAUAUGAGUAGACAGGGACCUGACCAGGCGCUCCAGAACAGCUUCAGAAUGCUCGGAUGGUUGUCCCUUGCUCAGUUGUGCGGAAGUCUCGGUGUUAAGUUAUACCAGUACUGGUUGGACCAAAGAAAAACUAAAAAGGACUUUCCACACCACCUAACCCUUCAAGCAGAGGAAAGUAUAGAAGAUGCUCUGAUGGAUCCCAAGAGGAAGUGCUCUCUAUGUUUGGAGGAGAGAAAGUCCACCACAGCGACACCUUGUGGCCAUCUGUUCUGUUGGCACUGUAUCCACGAGUGGUGCCAAAAUAAACCCCAGUGUCCAUUAUGUCGAGAAAAAGUGCAGCCUCAAGCGUUGCUGUUUCUUCAGAAUUUUGACCCUCCUUGAGGUGACAACAAUGAAGCGUACCUGUUUUGCCAGUAUAUAUGAACUCUAUCGAUAUUAUAUGGUAGCUAAGUUUGUUUCUCCAUCUGUGACAAAUUGUCUUGUACAUGUAUUGAAAAUGUUACCAAACAAGGCUUGAUUCAGAGGACAAGUGUAUUCAGAGUGGUUAAAAGAGAAACACCGUGCUAAUUAAUUGGAGUGCUAAUAUUCGAAGUCCACAACGUUAAAAAAACAAUGCCAAACAAAUAAAAUUUGAUGGAGAUUUUAUAUAAGGUGUUUGAUGAUUAUAUUCCUGCAUUGUUAACUAAUGUAAAUUUUCGUGGGACAUUAAAUUUCGUUUAUUUCGUGGAUAAAAAAAAUCCACGAAAUUAAAACCCAUGAAUAACA